CCACAAACAAUUCAUUUAUUGUUAAAUCAUGAUUAUUUUAUUAAAAUUAUUUUAUUAAAUUAUAGUUUUUAUAAAUUCCAUUGUUUAUCUUGGACAUAUUUGUCAAAUAUAUAUAUUGGAAUGAGUGAUUUAGGUGUUCCCCCUCAACCAGGUCAACCUUCCGAUCAACCUGACCCUGGAGUAAAUUAUAAUAUGCAACCUGCCCCUAUUAACCCUCUAAUGAAUCCUGUUCCUCUAUACCCAGCUCAACCUGGGAUGAUUCCUCAGUAUAACUAUCCUCCUUACUACAAUUAUCAAUAUUAUGUGACUCCAGAAUUAAUGUACAAAUAUCAACAAGAACAAAUGUUGCAAAACAGCCUUGAAAGUGUCCAAAGGUGCCAUUUACAUACAAAACCCGAGCUAAACUGCAAGUUUUGCAGGAAAUUUAAGUCAUCAGUACACGAAAUAAGUAAGAUCGCCCAAAAGAAAUCGUCAAGCUCAAAGGAGGAUAAAGCGAACCAGAUCCCAAUGACCAAUUCCGUUACAUAUAACAUGAAUGACUUGUUGAGAAGUAAUAUAUUAUCUUCAGAGUACUACAAAUCACUGUCCGUGAAGAAUUUUUACCAAGUCUUCGAUGAGCUGGUUCAGUUUGCAACGCACUCUGAACCUUAUUGUUCAACCGCAACAAGGGCGCCUUCAACAAUAUUCUGUUGUUUGUACAGAUUCCUGGUGCUGAAAUUGACAGAAAAACAGAUGAAUUUUCUUCUGGAAAAUGUCAAGUCUCCGUAUGCCCGCUGUUGCGGAUUUCUAUACCUGAGAUACGUUCUACCUCCGGACAAGCUUUGGAAUUGGUUUGAGCCCUAUUUUUUAGAUGAUGAAUUAUUUACAGUAUCAGCUGAUGGGACCAGAAAGAUAACCAUGGGAGAAUACGUGGAAUCUCUUCUCAUGGAGGAUAAGUAUUAUCACACAAUUUUGCCAAGACUACCAGUAAGAGUAAAAAAUUUAUUUGGAGCACACCUUUUAGAAAUGUCACAGCACCGGAAUCGAAGAGUUAAGAACUUAGAUUUUGUAGACGACUUUGUCGAGGGAGCACAAGUAUCAGUGUGUUCAAAGGGUGACUGGCUGGAUGGAGAAAUCCUGUCAGUGAAGGAAGGAAGACAAGGUUAUCCAUUAGUUACAGUCCACCUUGAGGAUGGAAACGAUGAAACUGUUGAUAUUGGUUAUGUUGUUUUAAAAGGGAAGGACUACGAUAGGAAAGAUAAACACAAAUCGUCGAGAAAAAAGGAUAGAUCAAGAUCCAGGUCUAGAACUAGAACUCGUUCUAGAAGUUCUUCAAGUUCAUAUCGAAGGAGGAGACGCAGAGAAAGAAGCUCUUCACGGGAAUCACACCCCAGGGAUGAUACUCACGAUUCAAAGUCCAAGAAAGAGGAUCUCAUCAGGGAAUUUAAGAGAAGGGAACGUGAAAAGGCUCUAGCAGUUGGAAAGGAUUAUGGCAAAAGGCCCAGUUCCUACAAGUCCUCACUAUCCUCACGAUUUCACUCAAAAAAAUAUUAAUUUUAAUUUUGUUUUAAUUCGCUUA